AUGGUUCUUGCGCGCCAACGCUGGAACGCCGACCCCCUGAAACCCAGUGUAUUCGCGUCUGCGACGCGCUUCACACUGCUUGCGGCGCGAACGUCUGGCACAAAAACAAAAGAAAAAAACGCGGUUGACGCGACGUUUAAGCCUGGUAAUCGUCGACCAAUUGGUAACUGUUCGUUUGUCAAAAUUUCGAGCUUGGGUUCCAUGCGCCGCGGCUUGGCUAAGCAAGGGACCAAGGGUGCGGGUCGCUGUGUACCACAGCCACGGUGCAGCCUGUCAGGAUUGGGGUAG